AGGACGAAGACCGUGAAGAAAUCCUCUCGACAGGUGAUUGAGAAGUAUUACUCUCGUAUGACACUCGAUUUUCACACCAACAAGAAAGUUCUUGAGGAAGUGGCUAUCAUCCCUUCGAAGAGGCUUCGGAACAAGAUCGCCGGCUUCUCGACCCACCUUAUGCGCCGGAUUCAGCGUGGCCCAGUCCGUGGCAUCUCGCUGAAGCUGCAGGAGGAAGAGCGCGAGCGCCGAAUGGACUUCGUCCCCGAGGAAUCCGACAUCAAGGUCGACCACAUCGAAGUUGACUCUGAUACAUUGGAUAUGCUCGCAUCUAUUGGCAUGGCGGAUCUCCCAGGGGUGGAGAAGAUGACUGAGGCUCCCACUGCCCCUGUUUUUGCUGGCCGUCCGGCAUUUGUGAGAAGGGUCUAAGUCUUGCCACCCCUAUUUCUUUUAGUAUUCUGCUUGAGUUUGUUAAAUUUUGCUUGUUUAUG